AUGAGCAAGAAACAAAACUAUUUUAAUAGAGAAAUCAACAAAAUUAACUCUGUAAAGACAGAAUACGAUGAAAAUCCAUUGUUAUCGAUCAAUCAGAUUACUCUAGUGCCAAAUAAUACACCAGAAAAUAGCCCCUCGCAUUUAAUAGCUUCAUCAUCCUCUUCCUCAACCACUACACGCUCAUUGAUUCACAUUAAUGAAAAUAGCAAUAAUAAUUUUACCGCGCACGAAGGCGGCAAAUUUAUUGUUCGUUCAAUUUUAAAGGACGACGGCAAAAAUAACAAUAAUAACAACAACAACACCGUCGGCGGCGGCGGCGGCCGCGGAGGAGGAGGGGGAGGAGGCGACGGCGCUGAUAAUACUAAAGAAGUAGAAGAAGAGCAAGAAGAAGAAGAACAAGAUAUUUCAAAUGAAGAAGUUAAGGAUAAAAAUACUAUAAAGAAUAUAUCAAUUAAGGAAAAUAAGAAUAGCAGAACUAUACAUGAUCAUAAUAUGACAACAACAAAUAUGACUUCUUCAAGCAAUAAUAAUAGUAACAAUAAUAAUCCAAAUGAUAUAUUAAGACAAAAUAAUAAUAAUAAUAAUAAUAAUAGUUCACCAACUUCUGAUGAUAAUAGUAGUAAUAAUAAUAAUAAUAGUAGUAGUGCAAAUUCACUUCAACAAAAUAAUAAGAGAAGAAAUACUGUAAUUGCGAGUGAUCUACAUUUUGAUUCAACAAAGACAAGAACUGAUCCAAACGUGAAAACUGAACAAUCAACUUUAAAAAUGUCUUCUUGGAUACAUUCAAAAUAUGAUGAUAAUGAAUAUUCUUUAAAUGAAAAUGAUAAAUCAAAUAAGAAAAAUAAUAUAAUUAGUUCAAAUCCUCCAAGUAGUACAGAAAUUACAAGUUCAAGUUCAAGUAAUAUUGUUCCCAGUAGUUCAGAUUCUCAAUAUCCAUCAAAUAUUUUAAAAAUUAAAAAUAAUUCAUCAUCUGAUAUAUUACUACCCGGGAAAUCAAAUAGUAACAACAACAACAACACUAAUAAUAAUACUGGAUUAACAUCUCCGAAAUUACCAAAAUUACCAUCAUUUGGUAAAUUAGAAGAAGAAAGAAGUAGAUUAAAUUCAAGUAGAAGCAAUGAUUUAUCACGUUAUCAUGAACAAUUUGUAACUUCAUCUUUAGAUCCAUCAAGAAUACCGACAGGGAAACAACAAUUACCACAAAAUUACGUAUUGAAUAAUGGUCAACCCAUUAAUAAAACAGAUCUACCGAGUAGUGCGCCAACUGAAACUAUUUCACCAACAAGUCAACCAAAAAUUAUUAAUUCAAAAUUCGAUGGUUUAAGAACAAGAUUAUUAAAUAAUCCAAAAAAAUUAAAACAAAGAAGACAUAGUGACGAAGAGGAUGUCAUGGGUAAUGCAGCUGCUGUGCUAUCUAAUAUGAGAUCAUCACCUUUUAAACUAGGGGAAAGAACUUUACCUCCAUUAAAUUCAUUAACAACUGCUACUACUACCACUAAUGAUACUGGUUUACUAAGACCUCAUUCAUCAUCAUUUUCUUCACGUGGUAGUAACUUACAUACAACAAGACCAAGAGUUGUAAUUAAUAAGAUAGAAAUAGAUCCAAAGGGUACAGAACAUGCAAUUUCACAAUCUUCAACUGAUGAUGAAGGAGAAAUAGAUAAUAAUAAGAAAUUUUCUAAUAAUCAAAUGAAUGACCUUAAUGGACAAGAAGUUGUAAAUUGGAAUAAAAAUGGUAAAAGAGUUAGUACAACACAUAUUGACACAGAUAAAAUAAAAAUUAUUAAGAAUGAUUCAAAAUAUGUUCCAAUUGCAUCUGCAAAACCUUCAUCACCAUCAUCACCUUCAUCAUCACAACAAAACCAAUCCAAUAAAGAUACAACUGGUUUAAAAUUAAAGAAAGCCAAUAGUAAAAAAAGAAUGGAACCAUUAUCUCCUGAAGUUCUAAGAGCUAACAUAAGUGGAGCUAGAAAUUCAUUUAGAGUAAUAUCAAAUGGACAAAAUGGAAAGGUGGGUCAAACUGGAACAAGAUCAAGAACAGGCUGUUGGAUAUGUAGAUUAAGAAAGAAAAAAUGUACAGAAGAAAAACCAUCAUGCAUUAAUUGUUCAAGAUUGAAUUUGACAUGCUAUUAUGAUGAAAAGAGACCUGAUUUUGUAUCAGAUCCAGUUAAGAAAGCAGAAAAAUUAUUGGAGAUAAAAAAAUAUACAAGAGAAGCUAAAAAGAAUGCAAUGAGGAAAAGAACAUAUAUUCAAUCCCCUACAGAAAGUGAAACUUCUUCAAGUACCUUACAGUAA